CAAAACAACCCUCACAACUCCCUAACCGCUCACUGCGAAACAUUGCUAACGUUAUUCUAAAGUGAGGCUAACAGGUUAGAUUAAAUUAUGCAACUUACAUAAACAUAUCUAACAAAAGUGUUGCAGAUCUGUCUAAUUUUAGUCUCAUUUUACCCUAACGUUAGUGAGAAAAUUAGAGUAACUUUCUAACAGGUUACACUCAUGUUAGGGUCAAGUUAGAGUAACCUUGUUUGCUGGGAGGGUCGAAGUAUAUAUACGUGUAAACUGAAAACCAAGUGUACCCAAAAGUGGGUUGUUUUCACUCAAAACCGUAUAUAUAUAUAUAUUCGCGAUCAAACGUCAAACACUCUCGUCUAGAUGGCGUUCGCGCAUGAUGAUGAUGAUUACAUUCUAAAUAUCCAAAGUGCUCGUAAUCAAAUAGUAAAUCUCUUGGUUACUUGUACUUCUACCGUGUUCCAAUCGAUGACGACGUUGCUACAACAUUGCAACAUGAAGUGCAUCGUUCCUUCCUGCCGGAAUGAGGAAGGUCUCUCGUGCACCAGAUUCUUUGCCGUGCCACCUACAAAUAACAAAUCCUUCAAGAACUGGACAAAACGUAUGCAUCUUUCGGGUCAGCGGAAAGAAAAAAAUUGUGCAGAUCACUUCUCCAGUAGUGACUUUAUCACUUAUAGCCGGAAACAUCUAAAAAACAAAGCGGUUCCAAGCUUUCGGCUGCCGAAAAAUGGUCUGAAGGUAGAUCCGAGGGGAGCAUGCUGUAUAAGAGGGUGCUCGACCAAAAUGCGGAAAUUACUGUUCAAAUUCCCAAUCCAACCGCGAAUCAGGGAAGUAUGGAUGAAAAUUUUGGCCAUUGAAAAUACCAGCAACCUGAAAGUUUGUCAUCGGCAUUUUACUCUGAAAGACUUCAGAACAGUCAACAGUGUGUAUUUGAAACCUGGUGCUGUUCCAACGAAAAAAGUGCCCAAACUAGUGAAGCGCGUAAAACGGUCUCUAGGAACUCGAAGCAGCUUUUCUCAUCUAUGGGACCACAAUUAUUGUGCACGGCAAAGUGUUCGUCCAAAAAGCAACCGUAUUUGCUAUGUGACCGGUUGUUACUCCAGAGCAAGCCAAGAGAUAUCCUUGCACAAAUUUCCAGCUAAUACAGACCAGCGAUUCCAUUCAUGGCUUAAAGAACUAAGAUGUAGUAGAAUGCCAACGAAAAAUUCAACGGUGUGCAGUAGACACUUUGUUGAAGCUGAUUACCUUCCAGGUGGAAGGCGCCUGAAGAAAAUAUAUAGCUAUACCAUCGAAGUGUCUUCCUGGACAAGAAUCAGAUUAUACGAGCAGCUCAUCGCCCACAUUAGCCGGUGUUACAAAAAGUGAUGAAAUCGACCGUGCUACCAUAACGGAUGAGAAGUCAUGUACAAUGCCAUUAAACGAACACGAGGUUGACCAUGCUCUUCACCCUCUCUCCCAUGUCAUCAAUGAAGAAGCUUCCCGAAUAGAAUGGUAUUAUUAUACUAUCUUGCUAGUUAUCGUUUUUUGAUCAAAAAGAAUUGAAAUUGAAUUUUAAAUGGAAACAUAAAAAAUAUCAAACGAUAAUUAUACCAUAAAUAAUAUUUACGAUAGCGUCAAUAAUAAUUUGAUUUUGGACGAUACACUGAAUGGGUUGUUAAGUAUCGUUACCAUUCAAAAAGGCCUAUUUUUCCUUAUAUUUUUGUCAGGCGAUUUUACCAUAUAUCGUUAGUUUAUCAUCAUUUCUUGUCCUGCGAUGAUUCGGAUUAUAAUUGUAUUCAAAAAAAAAGAUCAGUAGUAUGGUUUUUGAAAUCAAAUUAUGGAUCAAAUAAAGAUUCCAUGGUUAAUUCAAAUUAAAAGGGGUAUAAUAAACAUCAAAAUAUAUGAUAGCCGUAUUAAAUUUUGUAUAAUA